AUGGUGGCUAAGCGGCUAAAAGGACUUUAUUUUGCAAACAUUGCUGCAGCGACAGCCGAAUUAAAUGGACCGACAGAUAUGGUGGACCUGAUCACGGAAUCCAUAUUCCAGCGGCUGGUAAGGGCUUGUGAAUAUGAAUUAAAAAAUACGGUUGAUACAACACGGUCUACUGAAGUCGUCGGAAAAACGAUUAAACGUCGACGCCGCCCUUACAUAAUGCAGCCUUCACAGAUUUCUUUAAGUAGACGAGAAGUGGAUUUGGACCAUAUAUUCUCAAGCCGUGCCCAGUUUUACGGUGCGAUGGCCGCUAAGCGGCUAAAAGCUCAUUAUUAUGGCAACAUUGCUUCUGCGAAAACGGAAAGUAAUGUGCCAAAUGAUUUGGUAGACCAAAUACCAGGGUCUACGUUCCGGCAGCUGGUCGCAAAUUGUGUAAAGGACUUGGCCAGGACCGCCUGUGUACCGGAGUUGCUCUUCGCCUGUGCACAAAACUUGCCGGCUUAA